AUGACGGUGGCUGACAAGAUGAAGACGGCGUGGUCGAAGGAAAACAAGAUGGUGGCGUGGGCUAUUGCAGGUGGUCUCGCCAUUGCUGCGUAUUUGUAUUCAAAGCCAAAGCCCAAACAUGACGACUUCCACACGGCCGACUGGAACAAGGGCUUUGACAAGAAUAGCCCCAAGAAGUGAGCUAAACGCGCGCAUAGCUUGGAAGAUGGCGCUGCUAACGUCGUAAUUUACAUAUUUACACUAUGA